AUGUUGUUUACAUUAAUGUAUCUCGUAAUGACCAUCCGCACAUCGCUUAAGUUUAGGACGAUAAGAAAUAGUCUCAGGAAAAUACUGACCGAUCGCUACGCUGUCAGCUUUUACACUACAUCCAGCUGUGGUGCUACUGCUGAGGGUCUUGGUUCUCCCGAAUGCUCGCUGUCCGCAAACGUGUCAUCGUUUAUAUGGUAUCGCCCCGAUCAGCGAGGCUGUCUUUUGUAUCCCGUUCAGCGGAUAAACCUUUCGGACUGGCUAACGAUUCCGCAGCGCGUCCAAACGUUGCAGGCUUCCUAUAGUAGCUGUCUGGAUCUGGUCGUGGACACGUCCAGUGAUGAUUCUAUGCCACUUCAUCUCACGCUAGAAACAACGAACGAAUCGACGGCGCAUAGUGACGACGAUCUCGUUAUGCUAAGCCGGUUUGGGAAGUUUUUGGCCUGGAAUCGUACUUCUGGUGGUUUGGAGCUGUUGCUGGAAGUGAACACGUCACGACUGUUCCAACUGAUCGUAGCGACAUUCGGCCACAAUCGUUUCCACUUGAUCGGUGGACGACUGAAACUUGUGCAGCUGGAAACUAUCGAAACCAUCGCUGAGCCAACGCCAUUCGAGGAACUGGAACUACAGUUGAACCAAAACUUGUUCCAACAGCUACUGAAAGCACGCUACGCAGACGAAUGGCUUUCGGAGUUAACGCUGCUACCUGUGCUUCAUCACGAACCGUGGCAAUCUAGUCACACCACGGUUGCCAUGCAACCGGACAUCAUUUCAUCAAAUGACAUCAAGAUUUCACUCGAAGUGGCCGGUAACGGAACGGUAGUUACUUGUCAAAGUAGAACGGAUCUACUCUCUAGCGGUAGCAAUUCGCGCAACAGAUCGCAGCUAGAUCUGACGGACGGAAUAGUGUCGUCCCUCGAGCGCGACAGUAGUGCCUCGUCCGAAGACAGUCAAACCACCGUGCAUACCGAGGUUAAAAAUGGAGACUAUAUUCAAUCGCCGCCGGAAGAGCUGAGUUUCGAAGCGAAAUCUGACGCCGCUGUUGAAACGAGAGCGACUCAACCGGAGUGCAAUUUACAAACCAAAGCGUUUUCGCCAGUUUCGCCAACAAAUGCAGCCACCAAAGAAAUGUCUGAAACGAAUGAAACUGAAGAGGCCAAAACCUCCACCCUGAAUGUAGAACCACCGAGUGUAGGAAAUGGAGCGCUGAAAAAUGUAGUUCAAUCCCUGCCAAUUACUCAAUCUGCUUGCGGGUUGAGCGCAAAACAUACUGCCAGUGCUCAGUCGAGAGAUAAACCGAAGGGACGAACGUUGCGCAAAAGUUCGUUCCCUUCAAACCGGUUGCGUUUGGGUGAUGGACCGGCCGGUGUUGCGCCCAAACCACCGAAUAUACUAGUGCACUCGGAUAGCAGCUCGACGAUGGAGUACGUCAUCGCAACGCUGAACAAUCUACUCGAACCGAAUACCUAUACCAUCUACCCGAUAAGUACUGCACAAACACUGGCCAACUGUUGGCAACAGACCACAAAAUUGAUCAUCGUGGCCGGGACACUUGACGUGACGGUACGGAAAGUGUUGUUGGACUAUUUUCUUCACGGCGGUAUCGUGUUCAGUUUGUGUUCCGACUUGCUCGAUAAUAUACUGCCGGAUUCGAAAACAGCUGAGAUACGCGAGCGGGAGCUAGUGAGCUUCUCUUACCGCAAAUGGAAACAAAUCAAGAUGCUGCAUCACAUAUUCUGCUACCAACUGUCGCCUGCUAAGAAACAGUUUUCCCUGGAAACCGAUGAACCCGGCACACUGCAGCCUUUAUCUUUCGUCGAUGUAAAAGACAUGUCCGGGAAGGAGCACUCGCUAGCCGUGGAAAUUCUGGCGCAAGAAGAAACCUGGAACACGCCCAGCAUUUUGGAGACACACAAUCGUAAAACCGGUGGAAGAGCAAUCUUUUCGCAGAUUCAUUUGGAACUGGACCCAUCGUUGGUUCAAACGAGCAUUGAUCAGACCGACGACACCCAAAGCUCGAACGAAUUACGCUACGCAAUACUGAGCGACCUGCUCGGAGGACGAAUCGGGCUCAAGCUGAAGCAGUCCAGCAAAGAGGAUGCCAUCGGUUACAAGAAUGCCUAUUUCUUGGGAAAACAUGAAGCCAAAGUGGAGGUGCUCGAUGCAUUGAAAGACACUAUGGCCCGCCCGAACGUUAUCCAGGCGCAGGAAUUGACGCUACAGUUCUGCGGCAAAAGUGAUGGCGCUCCGGGACCCGCCACCGAAACACAUCUACCGGUGAUGAUUUUCCACUGCCCGGAGGACUUUUCCACCUUGGAAUACUUUGAGAACUUGACCACACACAAAAUUGGUCGCAUUGGAAUUUACGCACCGAUCAUGAGCACCUCGAUGGUGAUCGUGUCCAACCUGACACUGGCGCAUGGCUUCAUCGUUAUCGCCAGGCACCAGACCAAGGGUAAAGGGCGUAGUAGCAAUCAGUGGUUAAGCCCUCCCGGAUGCGCCAUGUUUUCCCUGCAGCUACACAUUCCCAUGAGCAGCCCGCUGGGUCAGCGGUUAUCGAUGGUGCAGCAUCUCGUUGCAGUUUCCAUCGUCUCGGCCAUUCUCGCCAUCCCAGGUUAUGAGCACCUCGAUCUGGGACUAAAAUGGCCGAACGACAUUUAUGCGUACGGUGCGGCGAAGCUUGGUGGCAGCAUCUUCAACACGCAAGUCGACGCCCAAACGGCCAUCGUGAACAUUGGCGUUGGCCUGAACUUGAGCAACAGUAAGCCAACGGUGUGCCUGAACGACGUUAUUGCGCACUACAAUACGAAACAUUCCACCGCUCUGUCACUGCUGUCGUAUGAGAAAACCUUUGCCCUGAUGUUCAACAAGCUCGAGGAACUGUACGAACGGGUGCAAUGUCGCGGAUUGGAGAUACUGCAGCAGGAGUACUAUCGCCACUGGUUGCACCAGGACGCGGAGGUAAGCAUGCUAGGACCAGGCGGCGAAUCUUUGCAGGGCACGGUCGUUGGAAUCGAUGACUACGGAUUUCUGCUAGUCAAAAAGCAACCGUCCGGUGAAACGGUGUCCGUGCAUCCGGAUGGCAACAGUUUCGACAUGAUGCAAGGUCUCAUCGUACCGAAGUUUAGCUAAAUCACACAAACCUUCGACCUACCCCACGUACGAUACUAUUUAUUUGCAGUUGAUUAUUUAUAAGCCAUUCCUGUAGAGUUCUCUAAACGAGAGAAUGGAAUGAAAUAUUUCCCGGAAAGAUACUAUAUUUAACAUGUUAUUAAAAUCCUCGCUAAAGAAGCUUACCCUUGGAAAACAAACACCUCUAGAUGUACUAAAUUAUGUUUGGAUUGGAUUACCGCGCGUCGGUAACGAGACCGCUUAGCUAGCAACAUAAUUGGGUCAACUAUUUUACUGUUAAAGAACGACUGCUCGCUGCAGUAGUGACCGAGAUCGAUCAUGGUGUUGUUAAUAUUUAAAUCUACAUGUGUCUUUCGAACUAUACUCAGCUUACCAAUAGAAUUGCGCAUUAAUAUGGUAACACGUGUUUGAUCACAUUUUUAUAUGUAACGAAAUUCCAAAUCAAACAUUCAGCGCACAAUCGAUCUGUUUACUCCGAUUCCACUCGUUUCGUAAGAUGAUGGAUUUAUCGCAAUAAUGUGGCAUUUAUAGGCACUAAAAAUUUACAUUUAGCUUGAUGGCCACAAUCGUUAUUAGAUAUGGUUUGCCAAGGAAGCAUUUUAUUGAUCGAUAUUCAAACAGGGACUAAUAGUUUUCAAGGUUAGAUUUAAGAUGUUUUAAACAUUCGCCAACAGGGUGCAUAGGGCAUUGUUUUAACUGUUACGUUUCAGUGCAAUACUGUUAGAUGGGUUAGAAUGUGUUUACGAGCGUGUGGUAUUUAUAUAUUGUGAAACUUUUGCAAAACGCCUAAAAAUCAUCCUAAUGAAACUUAAGCAUGCUUGAUGAGGCAAACAUUAGUCAUAUCACUUCGACACCAAUUGGAAACUAAUCGAACGCAUGAAUCAACUCAAAAAAGUAUAUAAUCCUUCCUCAAACUUACGAAAUCAAAAUCAAUGCCAAUUAAAACAAACAAACGGCCACCACAGUAGUGAUAAGCCAACGCCACAACAAAAUUGCAUUUCAGUCUCCUCGCGCUUUCUGGGACGGUAUGUUUAUCUACCUUGCGCACCCCCAUUACUAUCGGUGUUGUGUGACAAAU